CCCCCUGGUGGUCAACCACGGAUCAGCAGCGGAGAACAGGACGCCGGCCGGUCUUCGCUCGCGCAUCCAUCUUCCUAAAAUUUACCUGUGUUACUGUUGGAUAGAUUUUGACGUUAACCGUUGUUUUCUUCGCAUAAAUGGCAUCUAAUGAUUAUUCCCAAACAUCUGCCCAAGGUUAUGGGUCCUAUGGUGGAGGAGGAGGAGGAGGAGGAGGAGGAGGUGGUGGUGGUGGUGGUGGUGGUGGUAACCAGGGCUAUGGACAGUCAUCUGGCCAGAGUUACAGCCAGCAGCAGGGCUAUGGAGGCUACAACCAGGGCUCUGACAGCAGCUCUGGCCCCUACAGCCAAGGUGGUUAUGGGAGCUACGGUCAGCCACAGUCAGGAGGAUAUGGUUCUCCACCCUCAAACCAGGGUGGCAAUGGGUAUAAUAGCUCCAACCAGUCCUACAGCUCUGGAGGAUACAACAACAACCAGUCGUCCAGCACAAACUACAACCAGCAAUCAUCUUUCUCUGGUUAUAGCCAGCAGCAGCCUCCCUCUUCAUCCUCUGCAGGCUAUGAAAGUAAUUCGUCAGCCCCUGGCUAUAACCAGCCACCAAGCGGUGGACAAGGUGGGGGCGGUUUUGGCAGCGGUGGAGGUCAGGCAGGUGGUUAUGGAGGCAGUGGAAGCCACCAACCAUCAUCUCAACAUGGAGUAGGUCACUACAGCCCGCCGCCAGGCUACAGCUCCCCGCCUCCAUCGAGCUACGGUCAGCAGAGCCAGUAUGGUCAGGGUGCAGGAUACAGAGAUGAAAGCCCACCGUUGAGCGGAGGAGGUGGUGGAGGCUACGGUGGUCAUGAUGGAGGUUAUGGAGGUCAGGAUGGCCGUGGUGGCAGGGGACGUGGCAGUGCGUUUGGAGGUCGUGGCGGAGGAGGAUAUGAUCGUGGCUUUGAUAGAGGCGGCCGAGGUGGACCGAGAGGAAGAGGCAUGGGAAUGGGCGAUCGUGGAGGAUUCAAUAAGUUUGGUGGACCAAGAGACCUGGGACCUGGACAUGGAGGACCCGGCUUCAUGCAGGACCAGGAUAACUCUGAUAACAACACCAUCUUCGUUCAAGGCAUGGGAGACGACUACACUGUGGAAUCAGUGGCUGACUUCUUCAAACAGAUCGGGAUCAUUAAGGUGAACAAGAAGACCGGCCUGCCGAUGAUCAACCUGUACACAGACAGAGAGACGGGGAAACUGAAGGGGGAAGCCACAGUUUCCUUCGAUGACCCCCCCUCUGCCAAGGCUGCCAUCGACUGGUUCGACGGUAAAGACUUCAAUGGAAACCCCAUUAAGGUGUCCUUUGCCACUCGCAGAGCUGACUUUGGAGGCAGAGGUGGCAUGAGGGGAGGCCGGGGACGAGGAGUGGGGCCGAUGGGUCGUGGAGGAUUCGGAGGGGGUCGAGGUGGAGGUUUUCCAGGAGGUAACGGGGGAAGUGGAGGCGGAGGAGGAGGUGGAGGAGCAGGACAACAGAGAGCUGGAGACUGGAAGUGUUCAAACCCUAACUGUGGCAACCUGAACUUCUCUUGGCGUAAUGAGUGUAACCAGUGCAAAGAUCCAAAACCUGAAGAUGCUGGUGGGAUGCCCCCCAUGGACAGAGGAGGUUACAGCGGAGACCGCAGAGGGGGCUUUGAUCGCGGUGGUUUCAGAGGUCGAGGCAACGACCGAGGCGGCUUCAGAGGUGGUCGGGGAGGCGAGCGAGGAGGAUUUGGUCCAGGAAAGAUGGAUGCAAGGGGGGACCGCAGGCAGGAGCGGCGGGGCCGUCCAUACUGAGUCGUUCUUCAGAGACGUCUCACCUCCUCAGUCUCACCUCCCUCCUUUUAUACAGCUCUGGAUCCCUUUCUUCAUUGUGUAGGAAAAUGUGACUUUUUAUUUGUUGUUUGGGCUCAAUCCGUCUGCUCAGCAGAACUUUUAGGUAAACAAGGAAAACAUCUUAAAAACACAGUGGUGUGUAACCAUCAGUCCAGCGAUUGUGGUGUUUCAUACACCAUCAGCACAUCUGGAAGCAGUUCCAGAUACCUAAAGGAUCAUUCUGCUGUAUUUUACUAACCAAACUCUAAACCAGUGUCGUACAGAUUCAGGGGAACGAUGAUGUAAGCAAAACGUUUGUUCCAGGCAGCUAAAUUCUCAUUUUUCCUUUCAGUUAGGCUUGAAAUCAGCUGGUAAAGGAUUAAUGUGAAGAGGCUCAGAGGUUUAGAGAUGAUCAGACUUAAAAAGCCGCAGUUAUGUUGUUUUUAUCUUUUUACUGGGACUUUCAGCAUCUACACUACACUACAGUGUUUGAAGCGAUUAUACUCGAAAGUACACGAGAGGGACACAGGUUACUAUUCAUUUCAUCAUAUUCAACAUCUGAUAUUUAUUUUUAAUAAUAUUUAAUGUGUUUAGUGGUCAUAAAUAGUGUGUUUAUAUAUAGAAUUACUGAUUUGACCAGUUUUCUGAUCUAUGAUAUAAAUAGUCUGUAUAUCAGUUCCAGAGGUGGGUAGUAGCGAGAUACAUUUACUUGAGUAACCUUUUUUUAAAAAAAGUUCUUUUAAAGAGUAGUUUUACUGCAACUUUUUAAUUUUACUUAAGUAAAUUUGUGAAGAAAAAACACUACUCUUACUCCUUACUUUUUUUUUUUUAGCAUGUAUUCAAAUAAAUUUGUUUGAUUUUUGACAGAUAUGCAGCACCAGUCAGUUAUCCAUGCAGUCAGAUUGCCACAAACACUGGAGCACUUUGCUGCAGGUGACCCCCCCUCGUCUCUGACCCCCUUUCCUGUCCAGCAACAAUCUCAUUAAGGCCUCUAGAACCAGAAUAUCUUAAAGAAAAAAUAUAUUUUCCUGUUGAACUGGUGAAAUAUGUACAUCUAUCACAUAGUUAGACACACCAACUCUGGAAAACAUGCGGUUACAGAGUAAAACACAGAAUUCAGGUAGAAAAAUAAAUAAAAAUGCGGAAUUUAGGAAAAAGCCCAAACAGAUUAUAUUUGGUCCUACAUUUCAUCAAGUGCUGCCUACACUAAUCAGACCACUAUACAUUUUCUGUGGAAAAAUUAAUUAGCAUUAGUUAACAAGUAUUGCGUCUGUUUACAUAUUUUCUAAAACAGAAAUCAGACGUACAAUCAAACAGUUAAGUCAGUACUUGAGUAGUUUUAACCAAAUACUUUCCUACUCAUACUCGAAUAAAUUUUUUGGAUGACUACUUUUGACUUCUUGAGAAAUGUUGUUUUGAAGUAAUGCUUCACUUACUUAAAUACAUUUUUUGGCUCUUCUACCCACCUCUGAGCAGUCCUAAGCUGUUUGAUAUACAAUCCCGAUCUGAUAAUAAAAACUUAAAGGGGGUAUCCGGGGGGGUAUGUAACAAAAUGACUGAAAAGUGUAAUAUAUCAUUAACCCUCUGACAUCGCCUGACAAUGUCAAUAGAGUUUAAUUUACUACCCUCUUGAGUCUUUAAGGACAAAAAUGUCCACUUUCUAAAACU